CUUUAGUUCCGCAGUUAAUAUUAAGGUCAGAGGUCAUCAAAAUAAAAUUCAAUCAUGGUGUUCAGUAGCUCCGGAUUAUCAUCAAAACAUUGAUAAUUUAUCAAGUCAGGGCAACAUCUGUAGAAGAUUGACAACGAACUUACAUCGUUCUUAUUCUGUUUUAACAUUUAAUGACUCAUCGUGGCUGUGUUUUAUUUCUAAAAUUGGAAACUUGUGAAAUCUAAAAUUAUGUGACUCAACGUGACAUUUUGGAUAUUUUCCCUCAACAGUCCAUUGAGACAAAUCAAACACUUCACAAUGUUGGUAAAUAAGCUUCAUGUAAAUAGAAAAUAAUCAUGGCAUCAUAUUCCAGAGGGAAGCCAGUACCAGCACCAAGGCCAGGUCCAAACAGUAGAUCCCCACAAAACCUGCAAGGUGCCCAUGGCCAAGGUGGCCCAGGCCCAGACAGACCAAUGCCAUCACAGAUCAUGGAAGCUGCUAUUGCUGGCAUGAGUGCUCAUCACAAUCAUCCAAACGAAGCAAAAGCAAAGACAGUAUUAAAGGAAGCAGUAGAUGCAGUUGUCAAUAGUUUCGCCAAACAUUCUCAUGGAUAUGGGAGAGUUAAUGUAGUUGAAGCCUUACAAGAGUUCUGGCAGAUGAAACAAGACAGAGGAGCCGAUUUGAAGAAUGGAGCUUUAGUUGUAUAUGAAUCUCAACCUUCGUCCUCACCACCAUAUGUGUGCUUUGUAACUUUACCUGGGGGUAGCUGCUUUGGUAGUUUCCAGCAUUGUCCAACAAAGGCAGAGGCCAGGAGAAGUGCUGCUAAGAUAGCAUUAAUGAACUCAGUCUUCAACGAGCAUCCAUCAAGGAAGAUUACAGAUGAUUUUGUUGACCGAUCACUCAGAGAUGCUGGUUCUGCAUUUAAGGGUAAUUCAAGUGAAGAGAACAAUCCUGCCACUGGUAUAGGAGCAUUUAAAUUCAUGUUGGAAUCAAAUAGAGGCCGUACAAUGUUAGAAUUUCAAGAACUCAUGACUGUGUUUCAGUUACUACAUUGGAAUGGAAGUCUGAAAGCAAUGCGUGAAAGAAACUGUUCACGACAAGAAGUAUUGGCACAUUACUCAAAUCGUGCACUGGACGAUGAUAUGCGUUCUCAGAUGGCCCUGGACUGGAUUGCCAGAGAACAGGAAAAGCCAAAUAUUAUUAAACAAGAACUACAGAUCGCAGAAAGAGAACUAGAACUUGCUAGAUUAGCUGGACGAGAAUUGAGAUUUUAUAAAGAAAAGCGAGACAUUUUGGUGCUGGCUUUAAGUCAGAUUGGUCCAGCUGAAAGCAUUGCAUAAUAUUGUUAUUUCUCUUUACCUGUUUAUUAGGACGGCAUGUAGUGAUACUCUGUCUAGACUUUUCUUUUUCGGGAGGUACCAGUUUUCAUGCUUGAAAUCAAGAUUCAAUAGAAAUGAAAACAGGUGUCAAUUGUAUGAUUUCAUUGUAAAAAAAUAAGAUUAAAGAUACGAUUGCAAACUUCAUAUAGAUCUGUUAACCUGCAAAUCAUUACCUCAUUAACACUUGUUCCAAGAUAUUAUAACUAUAUGUGUACUAUAAAACUCUUAGGAAUCAGUUGUAUAAUAAUUUAUAAUGGAUGCAACAAUAUGCCUGCUUUAAUAUUAAACAACAUUUGUACAAAAGUAACAAUACCAUGCUAUCAUAACCACUUCAUUGCAGUUUUAAAAUUUUAAUAUUUUCUUUAUAUUUUGCCUAUUUAGUCAUGCAAAAACUUGAGCUUUAAUACGAAAAUUCAAUAAAAUGUAAAUUGAUCAUUCAGAAUUUUCUUAGACUGGGGAAAAUCAAAAUAGUUGAUAGCUUGUCAAAUUAUAAAUUGUUAUUCAAAAAUCAGUACUGUAACCAACAAAAUUAUUUAUUUCAUAUCAAAUAAUGCAGAAGGAAUUGCAAUUAAAACAGCUGGUCUCUUUCCACAGUUUUAAAGCCCAUUUUUAAGCCCCUUCAAUACUGAUUGAAGUUGUAUACUGGCAUUAGUAGUAUGAGGACAAUAAUAAGACCUAUUGUAAAUAUGUAAAUGAUGGAAUCCCGUAAACUUACACAGAAAUAUGAAUUAAAACACUUGUUUAAGGCUAUUAUUUGUAGAAUAUAAAAUCCUUAGUUUCAUUAUGGUACUUUAAAAGGAAUAUCAAUGUUUGAUUAUUUCGUAUGAUAAAGCGGCAUUAUUAUGCUGGCAUAUUAUGGAAAAUAUCUAGUAGCAAUGCAUUUAUUUUGUCUAUUUGUACUUAGUAGUAGUUUUGUAAAAUACCAUUUCUAGUCUUUGUGGUACUUAAAUAUCUUUAUUGAAAAGAAAUUUCUGUAUAAAUACAUAGAUGUUCACGGUUUCCAUUCUCCAUUUUAUGUACAUGUACUAAUUCUUCUCCUGCUUUGAGAGAUUGUAUACAGUUAAAAGCUAUGAUUGUUAUAUUUAAUAAACUGUGAGAUAAUCAUGAAUAGUAGUGAGAAAACAUGGUUGAUAUAAAUUUAGAUUUAUGAAGGGCCAGUUUUUGCAAAAACUGUCAACAUACUUACAAUACAUACCUCAUUUGUAUAUAGAAUGAGCAUUAUUCAUAUUUUCUAUGCAAUAACCACUCAUGUACAGUUUUAAUGCAUAUCAGGAUACAAUGCUCUAACAUAGAUAAAGAUCUGCUUUUAUAUAACAGUAUUUGCUUAUUUUUUACAAUAUAAAUCAGCCAUAUAUAAACAAACAUGAUGUUUGCCAUUUUGUUAUUUUAUAUUGCUUAUUAUUAAACAUGAAAUAUACUGUUUUUGCUGCUUUUCAUGAGCAAAAGUUUUAAAAAACCUAACCGAUUAAUUCAAUAGUAAUCUUUAGGAAAAAUGGUGAAGAAGCAAGCUGUAUUUUAAACUUUUUGGUAAUCCAAGCUAAUGUUGACCAUGUAUUUUUUGUGUCAUUUAAUUGUUGGCUCAAUGACAGUCAUUUUGGGGUAAAUAAAGGGUAAAUUGUUCUGUCAUCAUUUUAGCAUUUGCUUUUUGGUAAAAUUAGCCAUGUCUGUUAUUCAGAAAACUGGUAAAAUAUUCACAAAUUUUUCUAUAAUAUACUUCAUUAGAAUUAAGAACUCAUAAAAAGAUGUUUGAAAAGUCAAAUUUGAGUAUCAAGUAUAGUGCUUCUAAUAUUAUAUUCAUCAUACUUUUUUAUUCUUAAGAAUUGAAAUAUAUGUUGAUUCAUGCUUUACAUUGUAUUUUAACAAGUUAAAUAUUGUCUAAACAUUUUAUCUUGGAUAUUUUUAUAGCAACACUGUGCACAUAUCAAAAAAGACACACUAUUUAAAAUAUAUAAAAAAAAAUACAAAACAUCUUAAACAAAAAGUCUUGAUAGAGAACAUAACAUUGCACAACAAUUCCUUGAUAUACAAUAUAAUUUUUUUGUCUGAGGUAUUUAUUACUUAUUUUGGUUAUCAAAUGUAAUCAUUAUUUGAUGCUCUUUAAUCUGGGAAUCUCAUUUGAACCUCAUAUGUUUUUGUAUAUAAAACAGCUUGAUCAAAAGAUUUGGACACUUUAUUGGAGUCAAACGAACAACAUUUUACAUGACCAGUGUGCGGUAAUAAUUUCAAGAAAACAUAUGUUAAAUGUAUAUUAUUUAAUGAUGGAAUUUUAUCCAAUACAAAAAUUAUCCUUUCUUUGUCUCAUUUUCAGUUUAUUUGGAAUCCUUUAUUUUUAUAUUGAUGUUGCUAUUUAUUGUAUAUUUUUUAUAGUAUGUAUAUAUCAAUAACUUUGUACUACAUUUUCAUGCUCUUUAACUUCAUACUUAGUGCAAUAUUAAAAUAUUUGUUGUGUAGAUAUGUGGAUCAAAUUUGUGUCUCUUAGCUAGGGUUGUUUUAUAGUCUUUCAUUCAGCCUUUGUAGCUAUAAAACAUACUGUAUCAGUUUAAAAAUCCAGAGUGAAUAUAAAGUCUUUUACAUGCUAUAUCAGUUUUAUAAACAAAUAUUUAAGUGAUAUUAGAAAAUAAUUUGUUUAAAUACAGAACUUAAUUAUAGUAUAAACAAGAAUUGGGAAAAACCUAGAAGCAAGAUAACUUUCUUCUUCAUAUGUAUAAAAACUGUUUCCAUGAAAGGAAAAUCAAUACAAUUUUCACUAUCUUUAUUGUUGUUUAGUAAUUUUCAGAUUUAAACUGAGAAAGAGAAAUCUAAUUUGAAAAAAGUUGUACAACAAAAAAAAGACAUUUCUGUUAUAUAAUAAUUUGUUUUCUAAAAAAGCGUGAACAAAUAUUUUUCCUUUCCCUGUAUCUGCAUAUGAGUAAGAUUUCAUUAGAAAAUUAGUUCUGCAAAUUUCCUGACUUAAUCCAUGUAGAAUGUCAAAGUAUUAGUCUUUACAAAACUUUAUUGUGGUAAGGGAGAUAAUCGCCUCUAUUUCAUGACUUAUCUAAAUCUAAAGGUACUACACAAAUAGCAGUCAUACUUAGUAUGACCAGUAGGUUAUUCAAGACCAACAGUAACAAGAAUUGACCUUUCUUACAGUAAUUCUAAAUAUAUAACAGUAGUCAGGUUGUAAGACACUUCUGUUGUUUUUUUACUGUUUUUUUUUUUAUUAUGUAACUUGUUUCUUUUGAUGUUUAUAUAUACACAUAUAUAUUUAGUUUAUAUCAUGGCAUAAUACAAAACCAUCAGAGUAACUAACAGAAUCAAAUAAAAACAUCUUGCCAAA